GGCGGCGGGGCCAGAGCGGCUCUGGCUGCGGGUCUGUGGAGUCGUGCGUAGCGGGAUGGCAGGGACCCAGUCCGACGGUGCUGCUCGGUUCUCUUGUCCCCCCAACUUUACCGCAUCACCCCCAGCCUCAGAGCCCACUCGUUUCUCCGUGGAGGCGCUGGCGGGUCCAGAUACGGAACUGUGGCUUAUCCAGGCUCCUGUAGAUUUCGCUCCAGACUGCCUCAAUGGGCGGCUGGUGCCUCUCUCUGGCUCACAGAUUGUGAAGGGCAAAGUGGCAGGCAAGCGACACCGCUACCAGGUCCUCAGCAGCAGCGGCUCCCAGGCUGGAGAAGCAACCCUGCUGGCUCCCUCAGCAGAGGCAGGAGGUGGACUCACCUGUGCCCCGGCUCCCAAGGGCAGCCUAAGGAUCUUAGAGGGUCCCCAAGAAUCCCUAUCAGGGAUCCUGCUGCAGCCCAUUCCCAAGAGCCCUCCACCACAGAUACCCCCUGGCCUGAGGCCUCGGUUCUGUGCCUUUGGAGGCAGCCCACCAGUCACAGGGCCUGGGUCAGCCUUGGCACUGAGGUCACCGGCCUCAGGAAGGAGGAAAAAGAAGAGGCAUGUGCCUGAGGCCUCCAUUCCUCAGGAGGCAGUGAAUGGGCAUGGGACCCUGGAGGUGGACAUAGCUUCGGGGUUCCCAGAGGAGGAUGUGGGGAAGAAGAAGAAGAAGAAAAAGCAGCAUCCGAAUGAACUGGAGGUGAUGAAGCCAGUGUCAACAGAGCCCACAGCAGAAGUUUCGGAACCUCUGGGAGUGCAGUUCCCAUCCACCAGCAAGAAGAAAAAGAAACCUAAAGAAACAGAAAUGGGGGUGCUGGAACCAGAAGAAAAGAUUGUGGAGCUGGAACUCAUGGUUAAAACUGAGCCUCUGCAAGAGACGGUCCUAUCCCCGACCAAGAAGAGGAAGAGACAAAAGGGGACAGAAGGGACAGAGCCAGUGGAGGGGAUGCGAGUUGAGUCUCAGCUACAGGUAAAGGAGGAGCCACAGGAGGACACCAUCCCACUGCUGUCCUCAAAGAAGAAGAAAAAAGGAAAGGGGUACAAAGUGCUGAUGGAGCCAGGGACUGAGGCUAUAGAGCCAGAGAUAAGAACUCUGGAGCUCCAAGGGGACAUGGCGGAGCCUGAGCUGCCACAUGAAGUUGAGCCACAGUCUGAGGCAGCUCUAGCAUCCACCAAAAAGAGGAAGAAAAAAAAAGAGCAAAAUAUGAUGAUAGAGCCACAGACUGAAGUAGUGGAGCCCCAGGAAGAGGUGAUGGCACCAGAGCUGCCAGGGGACCUUGAGCCUCAAGCAGCCCUAGCAUCCACCAAGAAGAAGAAGAAAGAAAGAAGGCACAAAGCAACAGAGCCAGGGACUGGCCCAGAAGGUGAGAUGAUGGAGCCUGAGGCCAGGGCAGAGCCGGCGUCCACCAAGAAGAUGAAGAAGUGGGCCCAGGAAAGGGGGGUGCCAGAGACAGCAUCCCAGGAGGAGAAACCAGAGCCGCUACUGAAUCCAGAGUCUGGGGAGGUGGCUCCCCAGAGACAGGAGAAGAAGAGGAAAAAGAAGUUGCAGCAGGAUCCUGCAUAGUCUCCUCCAGGGAAACUGACAACUGCUAAGAAAAGCUGAGGUGGCCACCUGGGCCAUCAGAAGGUGACAGCAGAGAAGAACCCCUUCCGGUGGUUGUACCAAUACACCAGCAGGAGCCUGGACUGGGAAAAUGCUUUAUUACUACACAGAGGGCCUCCUUGGCAGCUGAGGUCAUCGGGGCACUUUCAAGAAGGGUUCAUGUAGGACAUCAUACAGCCUGCGGGCCUAGGCGGGGAGAAGG